AUGUUCUGGCGGACCAAGUCCCACGACAGCCACGCGUCUGAGGACCCGGCCCUUGCGCGCACCGCAUCGGCUUCGAAGAAUGAUCCCGCCGCCUCCGCAGACCAGGCCUCCGGAACCGCAUGGCUUGCCGGACACUUGAACCAUUUGACUCCAGAGCAAGAGGAGAAGCUGUCUGAGUUUAAGAGCGUCUGCUCCGAGCGCGGAUAUUACACCGCGGCCGUGGAACAGAGCGAGGGCGUUGAGGCUAAAGAGCCCAGCCACGAUGAUGCGACUAUGCUGCGAUUCCUACGGGCUCGCAAGUUUGAGGUCGAAGGGGCGUGGGGUCAAUUCAAGGAUACUGAGGAUUGGCGCAAAGACAAUGCCAUUGAGUCGCUGUAUGCGAAUAUCGGCGUGGACUCGUACGAGGCUGCGCGUCGGAUGUACCCCCAAUGGACCGGUCGUCGCGAUCGCCGCGGAAUCCCCGUCUAUGUCUUCGAAAUCCGCCACCUCAAUAACAAAGAGAUGGCAGCUUAUAAUAAUACCAUGUCUACCGGUACCCCGGAGACUCACAAGUCGUCGACUAUCCCGGCGCGCCUGCUGAACCUAUUCGCCCUCUACGAGAACCUGCUUAACUUCGUCAUGCCUCUGUGCUCCGCGCUUCCGCGUCCUAACCCCGAGACUCCGAUCGUGACAUCUACCAAUAUCGUCGAUGUGAGUGGCGUGGGACUGAAGCAGUUCUGGAACCUGAAGAGCCAUAUGCAGGAUGCGAGCGUGUUGGCUACUGCUCACUACCCCGAGACUCUGGACCGUAUCUUCAUCAUUGGCGCGCCUGCUUUCUUCCCCACUGUCUGGGGUUGGAUCAAGCGCUGGUUCGACCCGGUCACCACCUCCAAGAUCUUCAUUCUGUCCGCGGCCGAAGUAAAGCCCACCCUCACUUCUUUCAUGGAGCCCUCCAGCAUCCCUAAGCAAUAUGGUGGCGAGCUGGAGUGGCAAUGGGGCGAAAUGCCUCACCUUGACGAGCCCGCUCAAGAACUGCUGAAGGGUCUGGAGCAAGAGCCCGCCGAGGGCCAGACAAGAAAGGGUCUUCUGAAGGGACCCGUUCUGUUCAAGGGCGAUGUGAUUGAAGUGCUGGGCACUGAGAAUGGUAAGGACCGUCGGUCCACUGUUCCGGUCCCUCAGUCCGAGCUGAAGCUCAACGGCCAGGCCGAGACUGAGACGGAAAAGCAGUCCUCGACCGAGACUGCGAACGAAGAUGCAGAGUCGAAGACUGCUCCUGCUGCUGAAAACGAGAAACCCAUCGAGAACUUGGCUGUCAAUGUCAGCGAGGAGGCCCAAACGACGAAUGUCGCUGUCUAG